GAGGCCAUUCAAGCUUGCUUGACAUCCAUCAGCCAGAUCCUGGAUACCGGGCCUCAGGCCAGCUUUACCUGCAGGCUGUGUGAUCUCGGCUUCCUGCCAGGCCCACAGCCAUGGCCACCAUGGUGGCCCAGAGGCUCAGCCACUUCCUGCCCAGUUUGCGGCAGGUCCACCAAGCUCCGCCGCCAUCCGCGCAGCCAGAGCCUGUCUUCACGGUGGGCCGAGCCGAGGUGCCCCCACUUUUCUGGAAGCCCUACAUCUAUGUGGGCUACCGGCCGUUGCACCGGACCUGGAGCUUCUACUUCCGCACGCUUUUCCAGCAGCACAACGAGGCCGUGAACGUCUGGACCCACCUGCUGGCGGCCCUGGUGCUGCUGCUGCGGCUGGUCAUCUUUGUGGGGACCGUGGACUUCUGGGGAGACCCACAUGCCCUGCCCCUCUUCAUCAUUGUCCUCGCCUCCUUUACCUACCUCUCCCUCAGUGCCUUAGCUCACCUCCUGCAGGCCAAGUCCGAGUUCUGGCAUUAUAGCUUCUUCUUCCUGGACUAUGUGGGUGUGGCUGUGUACCAGUUUGGCAGUGCCCUGGCACACUUCUAUUAUGCCAUUGAGCCUGCCUGGCACGCUCAGGUGCAGACCAUCUUCCUGCCUAUGGCUGCCUUUCUCGCCUGGCUCUCCUGCACUGGAUCCUGCUACAACAAGUACAUCCAGAAGCCCGGCCUACUGGGCCGCACUUGCCAGGAGAUGCCCUCGGCACUGGCCUACGCGCUGGACAUCAGCCCCGUGGCCCACCGCAUCCUGGUGUCCCCUGCCGCGGACGACCCGGCUCUUCUCUACCACAAGUGCCAGGUGGUCUUCUUCCUGCUGGCUGCUGCUUUUUUCUCCGCUUUCAUGCCCGAGCGCUGGUUCCCUGGCAGCUGCCACAUCUUCGGGCAGGGCCACCAAAUCUUCCACGUCUUCCUGGUGCUGUGCACACUGGCUCAGCUGGAGGCUGUGGCGCUGGACUACGAGGCCCGCCGGCCCAUCUACGAGCCUCUGCACACUCGCUGGCCUCACAACUUCUCUGGCCUCUUCCUGCUCACUGUGGGCAGCAGUGUCUUCACUGCCUUCCUCCUGAGCCAGCUGGUACGACGCAAACUUGACCAGAAGACCCAGUGAAGGGGGUGGCAGUGGUGGGGAGGGAGGUUUAGUGGGGGCCCAGGGUCCGGGCUUGGCUCCAGAUGGGAAUAGGCCUGGUAAAGUUGUUUGUGUCUGGCCA